AUGGCUCUGAAUGCCCGUAAAUCAUUACGAGAACGUGUCGACGACUUUGAAGCUCAAAUCAUACUGUCGGAUUCGCAAAAGGACAGUAUAUUGAGACUACAGGAAGCUUGCUCGGAAUUGCCAUUUCCUACUCAUUUACAAGGUGAUGAUGACAAUGAACAAGACGACGACCAACAACAACAAUCAACUUUAUCACUCGUCACGCCAUCACGAAGUCGUGCACCGUCAUUUAUGAUGCAAGAUGCACUUCCUGCUAGAGCUAAAGCAAACGAAACUACCACAAGAAAGAGCACUCAUGAAUUGAUGACUGGUGUCGACGAUCCAAUUGAGAAUACGCAGCAAUUUUUUGGCUGGUUUGCGCGUAUUGAAGAAGAUAUGGAAGUGGGGCAGGAGGACAUCUAUAGGUCGUAUCUGGAAUCAAUAUACACGUAUAGGAAAACAUGCGAUAACGUGCUCUCAACGAUAGCUUCUACAAGAGACCUAUUGAAUAGUCUCAAAGAGAAUUACGAGUCUGUGGAUCAAAAGACGAGGGGCUUGCAACUUGCUUGUGAAAAGUUACUUGCUGAGCAGAUGCACUUGCUACACGUAGCAGAUCAAGUAGCAGUCAAACUCAACUAUUUCAAUGAUCUCGAACCUAUAUCCAAACUAUUUAGCUCGCCCGGCGAAACAGUGUGUUUGGACGACAAGUUUAUACCGUUCUUGCAUAGACUGGAUGAGUGUAUUGCUUUUGUGCAAUCGAAUCUCAAUUACAAGGACGCUGAACUCUUCCUCAUGCGAUUCAGACAAUGCAUGACUCGUGGAAUGAGUCUUGUCAAACUCCACAUUGUAAACACAUUACGCGGAUUACAAACUGAUGUGAGAGAUCGAUUAGCCAAUAGACCACCGAACGAAGUUUUGCCUGCCAGUCUGCAUACGUCGCUAUUUUAUGUUAAAUUCAAGACAGUGGCUCCAAGAUUGAAGGCUUUGGUCGCUGAAAUUGAGAGUAGGGUGCCGAGUCAUAAAGAAUAUCAUUCUUUACUACAAGACUGUUAUAAUGCCUUCUUUCAGGUCAGAGCUUCAUUGCUGGGCCCUCAGAUUCAACUUCAUGUACAGGAGAUUUCGAAUGAUAAGGAUUUGCUCUCCUUUGCACGAAGCGGAUCAGUUUACAUGACUGGCGUAUGCCGGGAUGAAUACACUCUAUUCUUUGAGUUCUUUAGUUCAGGGCAAGAUGAAUUGUCUGGAUACCUGGAAUCUCUCUCCAUGCACUUGUACGAUGCUCUACGGCCUCUCAUACUACGUGAAUCCCGAAUUGACAUCUUGUCGGACUUGUGUUUGGCUAUACAAGCGGCCAUGGCAUCUCAAACUGCUACUCUAAAUCUAGUCAAGCCAGUCAAAAGCCAGCCAGAUGAGCUUGAACAAGAUGGAGAGCAAUCAGAAGAAAUCAAUGGUGAUGAAGAGGACGAGAAUGGUUAUGAGCGUAGAAUGACUAAACAACAAGAACAAGAGGCCGAAGAUGAUGGAUUGGGCUUUGUUACAGCAUCCGUCAGACUUGUGUUGGAAGAUACGCAAUCUCGACUUGCGUUUAGGGCUCAGACGUUUAUUAAACAGGAUAUUCAAGGGUUUAAGCCCCGUGAAGAUGAGAUAUUGUUGUUUGCUCGUGGACGUGGAUUACCUCUACCAGCACCAGUAUCAACAUCAACUGGCUUUGCCCCUGUCAUAACAGCCCCCAAUUCACCGGAGGCAACAACCUCAACUACCAGCAUUACACCUGCAAACACCAUGUCGCUCUCCAUAACCGAAUCCACAGAUGGAGAUCCUUUCGCGUUGGCACCACCGCCAUUAGCACCAAACUCUGCCAUCGAACCUGCGAGAAGGCCAUCAGCUGAUAUCUCUGCACCUGGAUUUGCGAGAUUGGUGUAUGGAAGUGGAGAGUGGUAUCCUACUAUGCAGAGGUGCUUGUAUAUAUUGGGCAAGCUGUAUCGAUGUGUUCCGACAACAGUGUUUGAAGAUCUGGCUGAGGAAGCAGUGGAUGAGUGCCGUGCUUCUCUUGUUGGUGUUAGUUUGAUUAUUGCUUUAAAGCAGACAAAAACGGACGGUGAACUGUUCCUUAUCAAGAAUCUUCUCAUGCUGCGAGAACAAAUAGCCCCCUUUGAGGUCGCGUUUGUUAGGAAGGAGGAGAUCUUGGACUUUGGUGCUCUUCAAGCGGCCGUAUCUACCGUCUUAUCCGAUCCACUAUCAUUCGGCAAUCUAUCUCAAGCUGUCAUGGCUGGUGUAUCAUUGCCAAGGACUGUUGAGAGUUAUCCUGAUGCUAAGGAGGGAGUUGAUAAGGAACUUAAACGCGUAUGUGAGGAUUUCAUCUUGGAUACUACGAGGUCGUGUGUUGAACCGUUGUCCAGCUUCUUGCUCAAGGUUCAAGUCUUCAGAUUGCGAGAUGGGUCAUCAAGGUCAAGUUCAGUACCUCGUGAAUCUCUCGCUGCUCAGAAUUUCGCACAGCCAGCUCAAGUCUUACAAAUCCAAGACGCAUUCCGUGAAGUCCUCUCCAAGAGACUAGGAUAUGCUAUAUCCCGAAUGGCUGAUUAUCUUGGUGAUAAGAGAACUGAAGCUGUGCUUAUUCGUGUUAUGAGGGCAAACAUCAUCGACACCUAUCAAGCAUUCUACGAUAUUGUUCAAACCGAGUAUGAUUUAUCUGUGCAAGGACGAGUGACGACUGUUGAUUCUAUAGCAAAGAUGAUUGAUGCGGUUUGUAGUGCCGUGAAGGCUCCUACGAUGGAGGGAACGUCAUCAUAA